AUGAGUGGGAUUAAAAAUAACCAAACAGUUGUAUUAGUAAGUGGUGAAGGUGAAAGGUUUACAGUGGAUAGAAAGAUUGCAGAAAGAUCCAUAUUAUUAAAGAAUUAUUUGAAUGAUAUGCAUGAUUCGAAUUUUCAUAAUGAUAGUGAUGAGGAUGAGGAUGAUGAUGAUGAUGAUGAUGAUGAUGAUGAUGAAAUCGUCAUGCCUGUACCUAAUGUAAGAUCAUCUGUAUUACAAAAGAUAAUUGAAUGGGCAGAGCAUCACAAGGAGUCUAAUUUUCCAGACGAAGAUGAUGAUGAUUCACGUAAAUCAGCACCUGUGGAUUCCUGGGACAGAGAGUUUUUGAAAGUUGACCAGGAGAUGUUAUAUGAAAUCAUUCUUGCUGCCAACUAUUUGAAUAUCAAACCACUGUUGGAUGCUGGUUGCAAAGUUGUUGCUGAGAUGAUUAGAGGCAGAUCGCCUGAGGAGAUCAGACGUACUUUUAAUAUUGUUAAUGAUUUUACACCGGAAGAAGAAGCAGCUAUUAGACGUGAAAAUGAAUGGGCAGAAGAUCGUUAA